UAAUACUCCCAGAGCCGGUAGGGUUGGAGGGUUUCCAUCUGGACCUGGGAAGGGUAUCUAUUUGACAUCACAGUGUAUGGCAGGGUUGGCUAACCCUGCAACCUUGGGCUCCAGAGUGGCUGAGACCAAGAAAGCUUGGCCAUGUGGGCCCAGGGCAGGCCUGUUCCCGGGGAAGUCUCGGGGCGCUGGGGUCUUGGAACUGGCCCUGUUUCUCAGCCUCCCAGUGCGCCGGAAGGCCGGGAGAAGCGAAGUCAGAAAUCAAGAGAGGGGACGUAGCGAGGAAGGACAGAUGAGCGCAGCUGGCUCCCGCAAAGCUUCCGAUCCCACAUUUAGACACAAACAAAAGGAUUCGUCCCAGACACCCAUGAACAAGCCAGGACGAAGUCCUUUCCCGCCAAACCGCUGAGGCCAGGAAGAGAAACGGCGCCUGCCCAGGCUCUGGGCGCGGGAGCCGGGAGAAGACGGGUGGCUCCGGGGACACUGGCGGCAGUGUCCUUGUCAUGGGAAGCCUGCAGCUCCUGCAGCCGAGGAGGCGACUCCGGACGGACGCCGGGCCCUGCGGGAGGGCUGGACCGGUUCUGAUCGAGCCUUCGCGUGGUAGAGGAGCGGAAGGAAUCUUCCGCGCAAGGACCUCGGACCCCGGCUCCGGCCUGUGUCACGCCUCAGACUUCAAGGGCUCAGGGAUCUGGGUUCCCGCCGUAGGAGGAGGCCAUGAGGGUCCCCAGCACUCGGCUAAACCAGCCUGCGAGGCGGGUCCGCUCUCCGGAACAGCCCCGGGGAAGAAGAGAGAAGGGGGCAGCAGGGCCGCUGCGGGCGGGGUCUUCCCUCGGCCCGGGCAGGGUGGUCCCGGUGGCCGCCUGCUGCCCCUCCCCGCCUUCUUAGGAAGCCGAGAGAGGGCGAAGCACUUGCAUCUCGCCACCCACCGGACAAGCCGAGGAAGCUGUGGCUCUGCAAAGUUUUCUAAAAUCCUGCAGGCUCACGUUUCAAGAGGAAAGGUCCUCAGUUCCAGCCAAGUCCACCGUGAGCUGCAGUCCGGGCGGCUGCGGAACCCAGGCGGAGCGCGGGCAGCCCCUGACGGCGGUCUCAGCGCCUCGGGGACGGGAGGGGAGGGAAUGCUCCCGGCAGCAUUUACUAUUCACACACACACACACACACACACACACGCAACCUCGCCUCCAAAUCAGUAAUUCAUUAAUGAGCAAAGCCCGCGCUGCAAUUUAUUGAUUAUCGUGGACUGAGGAUCAUUAACGUGAAACACGAAGCCUUCCUUAUUGCAUCCCUGAUGUGUGAAUGUACAGUAAAAAACUUAGUCACAAACUGA